ACAUCAUCUUCCUCUUUCUCUCCUCUGCGAACCCUAACCCUAAAAUCCUCGUCAAUGGAGAAGAACUUCUCCUUCUCUUCGUUCCCGGACUCCGGCGACUCUUCUCCGCGCUCUCGCGAGAUCGACUGCGAGAACCCUGCCACCUGGGACGAUACCUCGGCGCCUCCCCCCGUCGCGCAGCGUGUGAAGCUUAUGGUCAGCUUCGGUGGUCGCAUCCAACCCCGUCCUCACGACAACCAACUCUCCUACGUCGGUGGAGACACUAAGAUCCUCGCCGUCGACCGGUCCGUUCGUCUUCCCACUGUGCUCUCCCGUAUUGCUUCUAUCACCGGGUCCGAUGAUGUUUGCCUCAAGUAUCAGCUCCCCGGUGAGGAUCUCGAUGCCCUCGUAUCCGUCACCAAUGAUGAGGACCUUGAGCAUCUGAUGCUCGAGUAUGAUCGUCUCUGCCGUGCCGCCGCCCCCGGCUCGAAGGCUGCUCCCCGACUCCGCCUCUUUGUCUUUCCCAUCGUCUCGUCGCAACCCUCGUCGACGAACUCCGAUACUAAGUCGGAUCGGCAGUGGUUCGUUGAUGCCCUCAACUCUGUUGCUGCCCCGCCACCGCCUCAGGCCCCGGCGGUGACGGCUCCGGCGGAGAGUCCUGAUUACCUCUUUGGUCUGGAUAAGGGGUUUAUACCACCUCCUGCUAUCAAGGUCAAGGACCCAUCGCAGGAGUUCGCACCGCCCGUUGAGCACGCGCAUCCUCCACUUGCUAGAUCGGAGAUCCCGAAGAACGACGACCGUGCAAUCGGCGCGGAACAACCAAUUGAGGUACAACGGCAGAUCCCGGAGCUUCAGAGGCUUCAAAUCGCUGAGAAUCAAGAACAGCCCGCUUUCCAGCGCCAAGCGAGCGAUGAAAACCUAUCUAGGGUUUACCCAGCUGAGUACUAUAUCCCACAGAGAGUCCAAGAGAAAACCCCCCCUGCGCCACAACCAGUAUACUGGCAGGAGCACCUUGGCAUGGCAGCCGGAGGGAGGUUCGCGUCAGUCGCCGGCGGAGACCGGCAGGUAUACUUCAUCCCGGCAGGACCAGGCGUGUAUCAGCAACAAGGAGCAGUGAUUCAUACUCAAGCGGGACAGGGGUACUACGCCAUGGCACCACCACCGAGGAUGGUUCCCUCGCCGGCGCAGGAGAUCUAUCGUGAGGCAACGGCGCCUGUCUACGCCGUCAGCGCUCCGCCACCGGACGGCGGCGCUGUGAGAACGCAAGGCCACGACGCUGGUUUCACUGCCUAUGAUGGCGCAGGGAGAGCCGUGUAUUACACUGGAGCAGCGCCCACAUAUCAAACGGUCACAAACGUUGCAUUCAAUCCUGAUGGAAAGAUCGUCAAGCCAUCACAAGUUUCCUAAUCUCAAAGGUCUCGCUUUUUAUCUUUUCCUUGAAUUUUUUCUUUUUAUAUUUUGGUUUUAUAUGUUUUUUUUGUUCUGGUAUUGCUAUUACUAGUGAAUUGUUUCGUUGGUGUGAGUAUUGAUAUUAGUAUUGGUUCAUGUGCAUACAGAUAGGAAUGGUUAUAUGAAUGUGAAUUCUAUAUUUUUUUAACA